GCGCCCGGAGUGCAGCCAAGUUGGGCAGAGGCGGGGCCUGACCGGCGCUCCGGUCCCGGCGUGGCCCUUUCCCGGCCCUGCGGGGCAGGGGGUCGGCCGGGGUCAAGUUGUGCACCUACUCCCCGGCCGCUCGAUGCCGCUGCGAGGAGGGGCAGCGCUGAGGAAGGAGCCCGAGCUCGGGGUCCUCAGGUGCAGCCGGCAUGGGGUGGGGUGCAGGUUGGGAGGAGAGGCCCCCGCCACCCGCGGCACCACCCGCCCUGCUGUCCUGGCCAGCUAGGGGGAGGCAGGCGCUCGUCGUCGGUGCCUAGGGGAGGAGGAGAGGGCGCAGGGGCUUGGGAAGACGCCCCCGUCCCGCACCCCUGCGCCCCAGCCAGCAGCUGCGGCGGGCAGGAGCCCACUGGCCCGUUCUCCCGCCCCCUGCCCGACCCACCGGGCCAACUUUUGACUCCGGGUGCUCAAACACGCACCCAGGUGUGAGCCCGGGGUCGCAGGUACGUACUUGAAAUUGGGAGAGAGGUCCCGCCUGGGUGCCUCGGGAGAGCCCCACAUCAGGCGAUCUAGACCCUUACGUCCCUUCCUCUAGCCAGGUCCAGGUGGCCAGCCUGGCGUCCCGACUAUUUUUGAAACCUGUUUUCUCUCGCACCUUUCCCCUCGGGCUUCCAGAGUCCCUUGGGUGCCCAGGCAAACGGCAGACUCGCCGCCACCUCUCCCUGGGGCGUCUGGGAGGCUGGGAGGGGCCUCCCCCCCUUUCUCUCCCCCUGUCUCUGGUUACGCUCAGGGAACUUGUCACCUGGCACCUUCCCCUGAAGCCAGAAGACCGAGCCCAGCGCAGGUCUCGUUGUUUGGGAGGGAGAAGAGAGUGGCUUGCCUGGGGUCACACAGACCUUCCUGCCGGUUUUGGAGCCAGAGCCCAGGACUGCUGUACACUCCCACCUCCCUGCCACCCACUUCGGGCCACAGCCUCUCCCCUCAUCAGGAAACAACUGACAGUACAACACCCCCUCAUCGCCUUACAGGGCUCUGCCAGGGGAGCCCAAGCUCCCUGGUCCAAGGAGUGCCAGCGUGUCUGGGCCUAGAGGGCCCGCCUUGCUCCUCCUCUGGCCCCACUCUGUUGUUCAGCUGUGGCCGCCUCCCAGCUGAGACUGGCAUUGGCAUUGGGAAUGUGGGGUGGUGCCUGCUGGUGGGGGGUGGGGUCAGAGACCCAUUAGGGCUGGGCCACUAGGCCAGGGGAUGUACUGUGUAUCACACUGAUUGCAUCCCAAAAUAGACCCUUUAAAAACUGGCAAGAUUUGACCAGGACUACUGAGAAUGGCCAUCUGUUCCAGUGGGAGAAUCCUGCGGUUUUCUCCAGGAAUGAGGGAGGGAGGGUGGUGGGGCAGCCCCCAGGGAAGUGGUUUUGAAGGAAGGGGGGCUGGCAAGGGAAGGGAGGCUAGAAAGAAACAUCUCUGAAUCUGGGGACGUGGAAGAGGUAGCCGCUUUGGAUGGUGGAAGAGAAUUUCUCUUGCCAUCUUCAAUCUUGGGCAAGUCACUUGUCCUUUCUGAUCCUCGGUUUCCUCAUCUGCAACAUGGGGAUAAAAACUCUUACCUGGCAGAAGUAUCAAGGAGAUUAGUGGUAAUAAUGCUGCCUCCUAACUGGUGUCUUUCUUCUCCCCUGCUCCUCUUCCCGCUGCCUAUCCUUGGGACGCCGCCAGCAUGAUUAGUACUGUGGUGAGAUGGGUUUUGGGGGCCCAGAGCCUGUCUGCACCUUUGGAGGAAAGGAGAGGAGCAUCUCUCCCCCUCCUCCAGGCCCCGGUAAGCCCAGAGUGCUGUCCUGGAGCCUCUGGACUUGAAGGAGGGCAGGCCGAGCCCCACCUGUCCCUCGUGAUGAAGUCUCAAUUUCCUCACCUGUAAAUUGCAAGUAACAGUAGUACCUGCCUCCAACUGUUUGUGGGGAUCAAGUGGAAUUGCGUUUGCCUGGCAUAGAGGAAGAGUUUGGUAAAUGAGCUGCCUGAGAACUGGACGGACACGCGGGAGACGCUGCUGGAGGGGAUGUUGUUCAGCCUCAAGUACCUGGGCAUGACGCUGGUGGAGCAGCCCAAGGGCGAGGAGCUGUCGGCCGCCGCCAUCAAGAGGAUCGUGGCUACGGCUAAGGCCAGUGGGAAGAAGCUGCAGAAGGUGACUCUGAAGGUGUCGCCACGGGGAAUUAUCCUGACAGACAACCUCACCAACCAGCUCAUUGAGAACGUGUCCAUAUACAGGAUCUCCUAUUGCACAGCAGACAAGAUGCACGACAAGGUGUUUGCAUAUAUCGCCCAGAGCCAGCACAACCAGAGCCUCGAGUGCCACGCCUUCCUCUGCACCAAGCGGAAGAUGGCUCAGGCUGUUACCCUCACCGUAGCCCAGGCAUUCAAAGUCGCCUUUGAGUUUUGGCAGGUGUCCAAGGAAGAGAAAGAGAAGAGGGACAAAGCCAGCCAAGAGGGAGGGGACGUCCUGGGGGCCUGCCGAGACUGCACCCCCUCCUUGAAGAGCUUGGUCGCCACUGGGAACCUGCUGGACUUAGAGGAGACGGCUAAGGCCCCGCUGUCCACGGUCAGCGCCAACACCACCAACAUGGACGAGGUGCCACGGCCGCAAGCCUUGAGUGGCAGCAGUGUUGUCUGGGAGCUGGAUGAUGGCCUGGAUGAAGCGUUUUCGAGGCUUGCCCAGUCUCGGACGAACCCUCAGGUCCUGGACACUGGCCUGACAGCCCGGGACAUGCAUUACGCCCAGUGCCUCUCGCCUGUCGACUGGGACAAGCCUGACAGCAGCGGCACAGAGCAAGAUGACCUCUUCAGCUUCUGAGGGCCCGGGGCCAGCCGGACACAAGCGGCCCUGACACGUGACGGACCAAAGCCACCUGCUGCGGGGGAGCCGGUUCCGGUACCCACCCGCCACCUCUCCCAGCCCUCAGCACUGUCAGCCUGAAGAUCAGAGCUGCAGCCAGUCAGGCAGGGGAGAGAUUUUUUUUUUAAGCCCUGCUCUUUCUCUGAGAAGCAAAAGAUGCCUUGAAUAUUUAUUCAGUGACUUCUGGCUUAUGCUUGGAAGCCAGUCUGCAUCAGGCACGUCUCCUGCUGCAUGACAUGUGCAGUGCUGUAAUCGGCUCCCGCUUGCUCUCCUGGAGCAAGCUCUCUGCCCUGGCUGUGGGUAUCAGGACUGUGACCAAAGCAUUUCUAGUCCCUUCUCUCUUUCUAAGGACCCAAAUUUCCCUGGGGGCAUCCUGCUUCCUGACAGCUGUUGGAUUUCAGUGAUUUUUUCCCCUCACCCCCCAGCACAGGAGAGCACCCACAGCCUCAGAAGGGGAAUGUGUCCUCCUGCUCUGCUUCCUCAGGGCCCAGCAGGCGGGGUUUGAGCCCUGGACCCCAGGCUCUUAGAGACUAAGGGGCAGCUCCUGACCAAAGACGAUACAGCUUGGCACUUUAAAGCAUUAACAGCAGGUGUGACCCUGAGGGCUCCUCCAUGGUGCUGCAUUGAAUCCAACUUUCCUUCUGUCCUUCCUCCAGGAGAAGGGGCCCAAGGUCCCCGUGGAUGGUCUCCACCUGUGCUUGGAACCAGUGUAAUUGGCUGCUCCCUGCUCCCAGGGACUGACACGGAGAUCAUCUGUGUGAUCGCCCUCCGUCGGGCCCCUCCCUGCCUUCUCCCCUCCAUGAAAGGCUGUGCUCUUCCUCUGGUUUCUGUGUGUCCGUUUGAGUGUCUGCGCCCCACCUCCCCAUACUUCCUGGGAUGGUGUGUGAAACCUGACACCUAGAUUUACUUGGAAAUAUUCUCUGACCACUUUACAGAUGAGGAAACUGAGGCCUCAAGCCCGGAGGGGUAGAGUGAAGAGUAGAACCCAGGUCUGAUGCCAAAGCUGCUUUCUUCUCUGCCUCCUCCUCACGCAACUCACACCUCCUUUUCUUCUAGCUUUGUUGUCCUCCCAGGAACCAAAAAACCCCAGCUAUUUUCUGACCAAAAUGUGUUUCAUAACAAACCAUCUGGUGCCUUUCCAUACAGAACUGGCAGGAGCCUCGUGUCCUGCUAGCUGUCUCUCUUGUUGAUUUCCGUGAAAAUGCAAGGUUUGAAGUCUGCUCAUUCCGAGGGUGAAACAAAAUCCAACCCUGUCAGAAUCACGCUGUUCUCUUUGCUGACACUGUGACCCUGGGUCGGGACAUACCAGCAGCAAUCUGUCUUUAGAAUCUCUUUCCUUCCUCCCCUUUUGCCCCCGUGGGGCUCCUGGCAUCCUGAAAGCCAGCAAAGCCUCCAGCAUCUUUUCCAUCCUGAGGUGCCUCCCAGUGGCCUGGCUUGUCGGAGCAAGUUUCAUCAGCCCUAGGGAAAACACGGCCCUCCUGGGAACCUCCUUACCUGGAGUAACCGGACACCUUAGACGGAGGUGCCUGAGGGUGGGGUGGGAUUUGUAGGGUCAUUAUCAGAACAUGAGGAUAACUUCCUUGCCCCGGCUCUGUAGCCACCUCCUUGGCACCGGCCUCUGUAUUUGUCAUAAGGCGGCAUGGGCGAGGCCUGACACAGGCCAGCCUUGGCACGAGGGGGCCAGGGGUUCUGAGAAGCGCUGCCCUGUGAGGGCCACGCUGGCCUUCGUCUCCAUCUCUGGCUAACGGGCUGUCCGUGUGCCUCCUGUGUGUCUGCAGACAAGUCUUGCUGUGCUUUAUUUGUGAAACUUUAAUGAGGAAAAAACAAAUAAUAAAUGUUCUCAUUUUGAAACGCAA